UUUUCAGAGUUUCGGUUUGUCCUCGUUUCCUCAAACUCACAGUACACCCAUCAAUACAUUAUUGCGUUUUAAAACCGGUUCGAUCACGCGUAAAAUCGAUAAGACAUCGACAGUUACGGUUCGACAUUUACGUAUGGCUUCUUCCUCGGUAAUCACUCCUGAAGAUGUGUUGGAGUCGCUGAUGAACGACGGCACAAUUGAUGCCCUCAGAUUGAAGAUCAUCAACCAGCUCAAAGCUAAUGAGGAGCUCAAGAACACUACUAUAAAGAUGGCUGAACAGAGUAAGGUUCUGAACACCCCUGGGGCUGAGAAACAGACCAAAAGAGAGCUGUUUGAUGCGCUUCGGCAAGAGCUUGAGUAAGUGAUGUAGUUGCUUCCAUUUCUGUGUGGAUUAAUUGAUGAUUCCAAGGGAACUUCAAAAGUAUUGUACUCUCUUUAGCACUGAUUAGUUUGGUUAGCUGUUCAAUACUCUGCACACAGUUGAUACAAUGUGAUGUAGGAUUGAAGCCCUAGGACUAAAUCUGUAGCCCCCAACAUAUUGAGAGAGCAACGGAUGGCAAAAGAGAUCUGAAACAUAUAUUACUGUUGCUACUCACGGCAAGUGCACCGAUCGUACAAGUAAUAUAUGAUUAAGUAAGAGAUCGUUCCC